AAUGUCAUAUUCUCAACCUCCUCCUGCCUAAGGAUAUGGAACAACACCACCACCACCUCCAGCUGGAUAACAAGGUAUUCUAAUCUAUAAAAUAAUUAGGUUAAUAUCCACCAGGCUAAUAUCCUCCUCAAGGCUAAUAUCCACCUCCAGGCUAAUAUCCACCUCCUGGAUAAUAUCCCCCUCAAGGAUAAUAUCCUCCUUAAGGAUAAUAUCCCCCUCAAGGAUAAUAUCCUCCUCAAGGUUAAUAUCCUCCUCAAGGAUAAUACCCUCCUCAAGGAUAAUAUCCUCCUCCAGGUUAAUAUCCUCCUUAAGGUUAAUAUCCACCUCCUGGACAAUAUCCCCCUCAAGGUUAAUAUCCACCAUAAACAUAUCCUUAAUAACCAGGAUAUUACCCACCAGGAGGAUAUCCCUAAUAAGCCCCAGGCUAAUACCCACAAGGCUCUACAACAACUAUAAUUGAAAUACAACAAUAACCUGCUUAAAAACCUCCUUAAUAAUCCCAUGGCGGUGGAGCUGUUGUAGGAGCAGCAAUUGGAGGAGCUCUUCUUGGAGCAGCUUUGGCUGAUAAUCAUCAUCACCAUCAUCAUGGUCAUGGACCAAAUGUUGUUGUUAUUGAAAAAGGACGCAAACAUCAUUGAU